ACUCACGACAUCCAUGGAAGCAGAUCUGUAUCAGGAGAGGACAAAUGCACACAGUCUCUGGUUGAAAUUCAUGAUGUACUGAUAGAGGUUUGAGCAGUUACUGUGCUGAUGUGGCUUUUUGGUGACAGUAUUGCAGCUUGGACUUCCUGUUUUUUUUAUUCAUGCGUCUGACCACUGAGAAGAUUGAAGGAGAAGAAGUACAUUGAACUGAUUAUGUCUUGUGUAUAACGUCUUCCUGGCCAACAGAUGAUGGCAAUUACAAGCAGCAAAAUUAAUGACCUUCUCUUAUGUGCACUGGAUGAACUCUCUCAGGAAAAUUUUAAAAGAUUUAAAGACAAAUUAUCUUUUAUUGACUUUGAUGGAGGAGGUAACAUCCCCCAAGGUCCACUGGAGAAUGCAGACAGAAUAGAUACGAAGAAUCUCCUGGUGAAAUUCUACGGUGAAGACACUGUGUUAGAUGUAGCUAUAGAAGUAUUCACCCAGAUCAAUCUGAGAGACUCUGCAGUUAAACUCAAAGAAGAAAAAAGAAAAGAUUACAGGAUGACAUACAGUCAACAUAUACAGGAAGAAUACCAAUUUAUAGAAGACAGGAAUGCUCGUCUGGGUGAGUGUGUGAGUCUAAACAGAAGAUACACACAGCUGCUUAUUGUAAAGGAACAUCGCCAUUGGGAGGCCAAACAACAUGAAAUAAUGGCAACAGGAAAGAGACAUGCAGAGAUCCUGGCUAAGACAGCUACUCCAACUAAGGUAGAAAGUUUGUUCAACAUUGAUAAACACAGACCAACACCACGAACCAUUGUGCUUCAGGGAGCUGCUGGGAUUGGGAAAACAAUGACAGUAAGAAAGAUCAUGUUGGACUGGGCAUCUGAAAAAAUCUAUCCUGGCAGAUUUGAUUAUGUUUUCUACAUAAGCUGCAGAGAAAUGAACCUGUCUACCAAGCAGAUAAGUGUUGCUGAUUUGAUUUUAAACAAUUGCCCUAACAAAAAUGCGCCAAUUAAAGAUAUUUUGAUGGAUCCAGAAAAACUCCUUUUUAUAAUUGAUGGUUUUGACGAAUUUAAAUUUUCAUUUGAUCAACAAAUUACUAAUUUGUACACUGAUCCCUGUGAGAAGCAGCCAGUGGAAAUCAUAUUGGGCAGUUUAUUUAGGAAAAAAGUUCUUCCAAAAUCAUUCUUACUGAUCACAACAAGACCGACUGCUCUGGAAAAACUCCAAAACUGUCUAAAGUUUCCGCAUUAUGCAGAGAUCUUGGGAUUUUCUGAGGAAGACAGGGAGGAGUAUUUCCACAAGUUCUUUGAAGAUAAAAAACAAGCAGCAAAAGCUUUUGGAUUUGUAAUAGAGAAUGAAAUUCUCUUUACAAUGUGUUUUGUCCCAAUUGUAUGUUGGAUUAUCUGCACUGUGAUCAAACAACAGAUUGAAAAAGGUGAAGAUCUCACACAAACUUCAAAAACAACCACUGCAGUGUAUAUGCUCUUUCUGUCCAAUUUAUUACGGGAUCAUAGCUGCAUGUCAAAGCAUUCCAGACAAACUAAUCUGAGAAAGCUGUGCUCCUUAGCCAGAGAAGGAGUCUGGCGAAAGAUAAUACUGUUUGAAGAAGAUGAUCUCAAGAAGCAUGGUUUAGAUGUAUCCAAUAUUCAAUCCCUCUUUCUCAACAAGAGCAUUUUUCAAAAAGAUAUUGACUGUGAACAUGCCUACAGCUUCAUUCACCUAAGUUUUCAAGAGUUUUUUGCAGCUUUGUUUUAUGUACUGGAGGAAGAGGAAGAAACAGUGGAAGAGUCAGUGAUAGUUACAAAAGAUGUGUCUAAACUAUUACAAAGUUAUGAAGAACCUAAAAAUGAUUAUUUAAUGUUAACAGUGCGUUUCCUGUUUGGUCUCUUAAACAUGGAUAGAAUGAAGGAGAUUGAGAAAUUCUUAGGUUGUAAAACUUCGCUUGAAACAAAGAGCAAAGUACUGAACUGGGUUGAAGAAGUAGGCAUAGCAUUGGCGUCUCUGUCCUCUAAAGACCGGAACAAAAAUAAGUUCAAGUUUGAAUUGUUCCACUUUUUGUUUGAGAUUCAAGAAGAAGAAAUUGUGACACAUGCAAUGGAUUGUUUCCCAUGUAUUCACCUGGAACGGACUUGUUUUUCAAAAAUGCAGUUUACAGUUCUUUCCUUCUGUUUGAAGAACUGUCGAAGAAUGCAGUCACUUUUUCUGUCUUUUUGUUCAUCUCAAGCCAGUGCAAGAAAACCAAAAAGUGCAAACCAGCCCUUGACACAGUUGGAUGAGGAUGAAAAGGCUUGCCAGAGUAAUUUAAUAAAAAAAGAGCUGGUGGAAGGAUUGAAGCAUCCAAACUGCAAAGUGCAGAAACUUGGGUUUCCAUGGUGCCAGCUCAAUUAUGAGGAUUAUAAGAAUCUCACCUCACUUCUUAGUGCAAAGCAGAUGCUGACAGAGCUGGAUCUGAGAGGUAAUAGUUUUCGGAGUAGUAUGAUGAAUGAAGGACUGAGUCUCCUAUGUGAAGGAUUGAAACACUCCAACUGUAUGCUACAGAAGCUAGUGUUGAGAAACUGUUGUAUCAAUAACUCUGACUGCAAGCAGCUUGCUUCAGUUCUCAGUACAAAUCAAAACUUGAAAGAGCUGGACCUGAGAGGCAAUAAUCAAGGAGAUGCAGGAGUGAAGCUGUUGUGUGAAGGACUGAAACAUCCAGAUUGCAAACUGCAAAAACUAGUCACCAACCAGAAUCUGAGAGAGCUGGACCUGGAGAUAAAUAAACUGGGAUAUUUAGGAGUGCAGCAGCUUUGUGAAGGAUUGAAACAUGCAACCUGCAAACUGGAGAUACUCCGGUUGGGACACUGUGGUAUCAUUUUCUAUGAUUGCAAGUAUCUUGCCUUAGUUCUCAGUACAAAUCAAACUUUGAAAGAGCUGGACCUUAGUGGCAGCAAACUGGGAGAUUUAGGAGUGAACCAGCUGUGUGAAGGACUGAAACAUCCCGAUUGCAAACUGCAGAAACUGAUGUUGGGAGACUGUGGUAUCACAGCCUCUAGUUGCAAGUAUUUUGCCUCAGUUCUCAGUAUGAAUCAAACUUUGAAAGAGCUGGACCUGAGAGGCAGCAAACUGGGAGAUUUAGGAGUGAAGCAGCUGUGUGAAGGAUUGAAACAUCCCAACUGCAAACUGCAGAGACUGGUGUUGGGAGACUGUGGUAUCACAGCCUCUGGUUGCAAGUAUUUUGCCUCAAUUCUCAGUACAAAUCAAACUUUGAAAGAGCUGGACCUGAGAGGCAGCAAACUGGGAGAUUUAGGAGUGAAGCAGCUGUGUGAAGGAUUGAAACAUCCCAACUGCAAACUGCAGAGACUGGUGCUGUCUUACUGCAUACUCACAGCUGGUUGUUGUGGGGAUCUUUCCUCUGUCCUCAGUACCAAUCAGACUCUGAGAGAGCUGGACCUGGAGAGAAAUGAACUGGGAGAUUCAAUGUUGUUAGUGGGAUAUUCAGGAGUGCAGCAGCUUUGUGAAGGAUUGAAGGAUGAAACCUGCAAACUGGAGAUACUCAGGUGGCCUCCUAUGACAUGCAUUACCCCUUAUGCUUAA